GUCCUCAAAUCAAAUCCAUUUCUUCAUCUCUUUUUCUCUCAAAAUCACUUUCUCAUACUAUUUCAGUCUAAAAAAUAAACAAUGGAAAGCAAUGUACCAGUAAUAUCAAAGAGAGUUUGGAGUAUGGUCCGUGUGGCAUUUUUCAUGCUGAGAAAAAAAUUAUCAAAGGGUAAAGUAAUGACGGAUCUAAACAUGAUGCUCAAACGUCGGGGAAAGCUUGCCGGCAAAGUCAUUGCCAAUAUAAUGUUCCAUCAUCACCACAAAGGCUCCACCUCAAGCCGCCACUCCCACAACUCAUUCACUUCCAGUCAAGCACCGCCUACACCAUUUGAUGAGGCGAUGACUAUGAGCUCAAUGAAAACAAUACUGAAUACACUUAACAAUGAUCAAGCAAUUGUAGAAGCGUCGCCAGCAUUGUCCAUUUUCGAGGGCAGUCCAAGAGCGAGGCAAUUGAGGGUGACUGACUCUCCAUUUCCAUUAAGAGAUGAUGAUGAGAAGGACAACCAGAUUGAUAAAGAUGCGGAAGAUUUCAUAAAAAGGUUUUACAGCCAGUUGAGGAAGCAAGAUUGGGCGAUUAAUUAAUACUAAUUCAAUCUACACCUUGUCAAUUACAUUAUAAUGAGUGUGUAAACUUUUGUUGUAAAUGUUAAGUAACAAUGGUAGAUAUAUAAUCCAGAAUUGAUAAAUCAUAAAUGUAUUU